UUCCUUGUCAGUCACUUUAGAAUGUCAUAAACAUUAGGAAUCGACAUCACUAUCUAUACUGGAAAUUAGCACAUUUAUAAAGCGAUCCUAUCAUGCAUUAGAUAUUCACUUCUCUUACCAAAUAAUACGCGCCUUUACUAUGCAGUGAUCCCGGAAGAAGGCGUGCACUCGCUCUUUUACAGUUACAAGGUGUUUACAAUUAACUUACAGGACAGUUUGACGACCCAAGUUCAUUCAGUGAUCAGACAGAUACUCGUCAGACCGGUUUAAGGUGGAGACUCCAACGUGUAAAGUUACACAGAAGUAAAAUGAGUGCUGCCAUUUUGAACAGACUGAAGCCUGCAGUGAGCUCUGCGAUCCGGCUGUGGAACUGCAAAGCACCGGUGAUCGAUCACAGAGGCCCGGCGUCAGUGAGACUCUACAGCGGACUGAUGGAGCCCGGAGCCCCGCUCUUCAGACAGUUGUUUGAAUCUGAAAGCAGCACGUACACAUACCUGCUGGCCGACGCAGACACCCGUGAGGCCGUGCUGAUCGACCCCGUGCUGGAAACAGUGGACAGAGACCUGCAGCUCAUCGAUCAACUGGGACUUAAACUCAUAGUGGCCGUGAACACACACUGUCACGCGGAUCACAUCACUGGCACUGGACUGCUGAAGAAGAAGGUGUUUGGGUUGAAGAGUGGCAUCUCCAAACACAGCGGAGCCACUGCGGAUAUUCUGCUCUCAGAGGGAGACCGGAUCACCUUCGGAAAACAUUGUCUAACCGUGCGAGAGACCCCGGGACACACAGAUGGAUGUGUGACGUACGUCACUGGAGAUCAGAGAAUGGCCUUCACUGGUGACGCCAUCCUCAUCCGGGGCUGCGGACGGACAGACUUUCAGCAAGGUAGUCCAAAGAGAUUGUACGAGUCCAUCCAUAAGAAGAUUUUCACCCUGCCUGCACAUUGUUUCAUCUACCCCGCACACGACUACAAGGGUCAGACUGUGUCCACCGUAGAUGAGGAAAAGAAGUUUAAUCCACGGCUGACAAAGACACUGGACGAGUUUGUGAACAUCAUGAACAACCUCAAUCUCCCCAAUCCUAAGAAAAUAGAUAUAUCAGUGCCUGCAAACUUGGUGUGUGGACUUCAUGAUAUUUGAAUGUGAAAGCUAACAUGAACUUAUUUGAAUUUUACAGUGCAUAUAAAUAUAAACUACAUUCAGUGAGAAGAUGAUAUUUGUAUUUAAUAAUUCCUGUGAUUCAGGGUAAGCAGAGCAAGAUGAACCAGAACAAUGAAAUAUCAAACGAUUACAUUUUCAUUAUGGUCAGUAUUUGUUUUUUUGGUAACACUUUACAAUAAGGUUCAUUAAUUAAACAUUAGUUAAUGCAUCAACUAACAUGAACUAACCUUGUUUGUUCAUGUUAGUGCACAGUUCAUUAACUAAUGUUAACAAGAUUUUAAUAAAAUAUUAGUAAAUAUUGAAAUGAACAUUAACAAAGAUUAACAAAUGCUGAAGAAGUAUUGUUAAUUCUUUGUUAAUGUUAACU